AUGUCUAGUCUCAUCCAGCCGUUCAACGCUGCCCCCAUCACUGACGGCUUUGCAUCACUGCCUACAGAAGUCCUUUUUACGAUUCUGGAGGAUGAUUGCCUCAGCCUCGAGGACAUUGCCUCCCUGCGGCUGAUGUGCCGUUCAUUCAGCGAGGCCGCCGCUACCAUUCUUUUCCGACGUAUCAUAAUCUCGCCUCUGAGACAGGAUCGUUCGGCAUUCGAGAACAUCUGCCGCAAUCCGGGCCUUGCCCGACACGUUCGGGAGGUCGAAUGGUCGGAACUGGCUUGGUUCCCCGACUAUUUUAUGCGGCUUAUCUCCAGACGCGAAUGGCUAGGCUUCUUAGCAGAAGAAGAAUACGAUACGAUGCUUUAUAACGCUGUGACGCUAUUAGACAAAGUGUGUGUUGAUACAUUCUGGCUUCCCGUCGUCCUAAGGGAUAGGGAGGGAGCUCGUGUUCCGCCCUUGCCUCCAGGUCGUAAGGAACUUGUCAAUCGUGAAGAGGCCUUGAAGGAGUUCACCCCCAUUUUCUUCGAAUUGCUUGGCUUGCUACCCCAUCUUCAUACCAUGGCUUCACGACCGAUGAGCUCUAAGCGCAUAAUUCGUUCCCCCGAGUACUCGGUGCGAGUCGGUCACAUCCGGGCCCAGACAUCUGAGUGGCCGAUAUCCAAAUGGAAUCAAAGCAACGAUGGUCUCUUGCUGUUUAUACUGCCCGCAUUAGCACAUUUACCCAUUCCAGUACGAAGGCUCGCUUGGCAAGACGAUUUACAAGGCAAUGGCGCCUUCGGUGGUCUUCGGGCAGACGCUUUUAGGCACCUUGACACCCUGAGCAUCUCUCUUUCCUCUCUUUCAACAGAUUCUUUCUUUCUGAACACAAACAAAUCGGCUCGUCUUGAGAAAUGUCUCGAAGCCUGCACCAAUGUCCAACAUCUCUCUCUAAGCAUGGAGAGCGAGCACAGACCAGGCCGAGAGAUCAACUACUGUCCUCUCACUACCAGUCUCUUGCGGUAUUCCCCCGAAACCAAGCGGUCAAAUUGGAGGGAACUAGUAUCCCUCAAUUUGAACUCUAUGGUCAUCGAAGAUCACACCCUUUUUUUAGUCGUUAGAGAAAAUGCGGAGACGCUGCGCCAUCUCUAUCUCCACGAAUGCAACAUGACUCUCGGGACGCUGAAGAAACUGUCCAAAAUAGGCCUACGCCUCCGAUCAGCUCAAAUACUCAGCGAAUGCCAGAAAAUAUGCCACAUAAUACCAGAACAAAAGCUACUGGAAUUUCUUAACCAUGAAAAGGUUCCUGAAGGGGAAGGUGUGCAGAUGUGUACCUACCUGGACGAAACCCUCGAGGAAGAUACUCCCGAUAUUCCACAAUCCUCGUACUACGAAAUUCAUCCGCAUCGUAUGUUUGACGACGACUGCCCUGAAGUUUUUACAAACACACUCGUUAUGACGGUUCCAGCAGCAGACUUACUCGGAUAUACGUCUUUUGACGACGACGAGUUUGAGCCGGAAAGGCUCAACAACGCCGAUAUUGACGCCUCUGACCAGGGCGUGGCAGAGAGGGUCCGAAACGGCCCCAAAUGGCUCUGGAACCGGUGCUGCGGCGGAGGGCAAAUUUACUUUACGCAGGUUUCGAACUCGCAUCCCGACGGUUUUCCCACCGUUGCCUGGAAGUUUACCAACCGCAAUGGUAUAUCAUAUAUUGGCAACGAUCCCUGGGAAGGCUUCAAGGAUUGGGAUCCUGAUAAAGGAGAUGUGGAGGAGCCUCUGCCUUAUAGCGCCGAAUUGGACGAGGCCAUAGAGGCGGCCAAUUUUGUACCCACCCCCCACGGGGUUGUAUUGUACGAUCGACUUGACGCAUUUCGUACGGGUCUCUUCAUUGAUGAUGAUUCUGAUUAG